CAUGCGGAAUUAAAUAGUCGAAAUUUUGCAAAAGACAGACGUUGGUUAUUGUUGCGUGUUAAUCGUCGAUUUAAGUCGCAUAAAACAGCAAAGGCGUAUUCACAGUAAAUAAGAAGCAUGUCAUCAAUAGAGCUAAGCUCUUAUCGUGACCAACAUUUCAGGGGUAGCCGGGCGGAGCAGGAGCGGUUGCUCAAAUUAAGCUCAACCGUAUACAUCGGAAACUUGUCAUUUUACACAACAGAAGAACAAAUCUAUGAACUGUUCAUGAAGUGUGGAGACUUGAAGCGUGUUAUAAUGGGCCUGGAUAAAGUGACCAAGACACCUUGUGGAUUCUGUUUUGUUGAAUACUACACUCGGGGUAAUGCAGAGAAUUCGAUUCGUUACAUUAAUGGGACGCGUCUGGACGACAGAAUAGUGAGAGCGGACUGGGAUGCUGGUUUCAAAGAAGGACGGCAAUAUGGGAGAGGCAAGAGUGGUGGACAAGUUCGAGACGAGUAUCGAAAGGACUAUGACACCGGACGUGGUGGAUGGGGCAAACUCCUGGAACACCGUAUGGAGACAAACACGUGAUCUAGCUUGAUGCUGCCAACCGCACACCUUUUAUACACAUUGCGCAGUCUCGCACGACCCGUGCAUGGUCUAUAUAACACACGUUAAUUAUGGUGUAGCAUUAGAAGAUAUGUUUGUAGCCACUUAUGUCGCUAUUAGAUGACAAUAUUGAAAUCACAAUCAUUCAUGCAGGUGAGAUCUAUACUUUGAAACUCGAGCAGAUUUUCAUGUGUGGUCAGAAGUGUUUGAGUUAAAAAUGUAAUGUCAUUGAGUACAGUAUUUUAUUUUAUACAUCUUCGUCAAAUACUAUGUAACAGAAGCAACCAAGAUUCUGAUCUUUUUCUAUGUACAUAUUAAAUACAGGUAAACAGAAA